UAUUUAAGAAAAUUAAAUUUGUUAAAAUUAUGAAAAAAAUAAAGUGAACGUGCGCAAAAUUUCAUAAAGAAAAUUGUGAUCGAAAGAAAGCGCAGACGCAAAGGACGCCUACCACCCAAGUAAAAAUAGAAAAGCGCCGAAAAGUAAAUCCCGUCGACAAAAAAAAAGAAAAGGAAUAUCUAUACGAAAAGAUUGAAUAUAUUACAUACGUGCUUUCGAUUUUCCCGUUGAUAAUCAUCAAACAAUCAAGCAAACAAAAUGGGUUGCGCAGUUAGUACCGCGCGAGAUAAGGAGGCAAUUGAACGUUCCAAAAAUAUUGAUCGCGUUUUACGCGAAGAAGGUGAACGUGCCGCCUCUGAAGUGAAAUUACUACUUUUGGGGGCUGGCGAAUCGGGCAAAUCGACUAUAGUUAAACAAAUGAAAAUCAUUCAUGAAUCCGGUUAUUCGCCGGAUGAAUGCGAAGAAUAUCGCCGCGUAGUUUAUAGCAAUACCAUUCAAUCGUUAAUGGCUAUCAUACGUGCAAUGGGUCAUUUGAAAAUUGAUUUUGCCGAUCCUUCGAAAACCGAAAUUGCCCGUCAAUUUUUUACAUAUGCCUCCGCGGCCGAAGAGGGCAUCCUGCUACCUGAAUUGGUGGUGCUAAUGAAAAAACUCUGGACUGAUGCAGGUGUACAGCAAUCAUUUUCACGUUCGCGCGAAUAUCAAUUGAAUGAUUCGGCAGCUUAUUAUCUCAAUUCAUUGGAUCGCAUAUCACAACCGAAUUACGUACCAACACAGCAGGAUGUAUUGCGCACGCGUGUCAAGACCACAGGCAUUGUUGAGACGCAUUUUAAAUGCAAAGGUUUACACUUUAAAAUGUUUGAUGUUGGCGGUCAACGUUCGGAACGCAAAAAAUGGAUACAUUGUUUUGAAUGCGUCACAGCAAUAAUAUUCUGUGUAGCUUUAUCAGGUUAUGAUUUGGUGUUGGCUGAAGAUGAGGAAAUGAAUCGUAUGAUUGAAUCUUUGAAACUGUUCGAUUCUAUAUGUAAUUCCAAAUGGUUUGUGGAGACAUCGAUUAUAUUAUUCUUAAAUAAAAAAGAUUUGUUCGAAGAGAAAAUUAAAAGAUCUCCUUUAACCAUUUGUUUUCCAGAAUACACAGGUUCCAAUAGUUUUGAGGAAGCUGCCAGUUAUAUAAGAAUGAAAUUUGAAAGUCUUAAUAAGCGUAAAGAUCAGAAGGAAAUCUAUACGCAUUUCACCUGUGCCACCGAUACCAAUAACGUACAAUUUGUUUUCGAUGCCGUCACCGAUGUCAUCAUUAAAAACAAUCUUAAAGAUUGUGGUCUGUUUUAGAAUUUCUUCUUUUUAUUUUUUUUUUUUUUUUUAUUUUUUUUUUAUAUCUCCUUCGCAAAUUCAACUUAUUCCACAUAUUAACUGACGUGCAUGUAAUUAUGUACAGCCAAUUUUUACUUUUAUUACGAAUACGCACACUAAACCAUUUAACCUCUAUGAGCACGGUUGAUGAUGAUUAUUGCAAUCGUGAAAUAACAACAACAAUACAUAACGCAACACAAACAUUUCCAUUUAUAUAUACAAAUGCGCUUAAGUUGAAUUUCAUUUGUCUUUCAAUGAAUUUCUGUUUAUUGUGCUUUAUUCUUGAUUUUUUGGUAUUUGAUAACAACAUAUAUAUAUAUAUAU